AUGCAAAGAUUGAUAGUUUGUGGCGAGGGAAUUUGUUAUAUCUCAAUUGGCCCAUGCUCACUUCAUUCUGCAAGAUUCUGCUUCAUCGUAUUUGUUAUAACCCUUCAUUUCUAUACCCAUUCAAUUUGGCUGCUUCUUAUCUCAUUUUCCUAUCGAUAUUACGUUAUAGUUAAAUCCGAACCAGCAAUGUGGAAAACUCAAUUAGUGAUCUGUUUACUUUAUAUUCCAUCCGUGUUUCAAAUAACAAACGUGUACACUCAAAAUGUUCCGGAAGAUGUGGCAAAAAGUAUGAUCCUGGAAUAUUUCCCCAGUUAUGAUUUAAGCGAACUUACCGUAACUGCCGUUAGUUCAGUGUGGGAUUUCACUGUGUUAUAUGUCACAGUCCACAUCGUUGGUGUUAGUAUCCCAAUCGCUAUUACAAUUGUGAUAUUGAGAAAUCGGAUCAUAGCAAAACUCAAUGACACCGGCCGUGCUACGUCAGAACGUUCUAAAAAACUUCAACUUCAACUUCUCAGAGUGAGACAAUGAAUAAUAUUACCAAUUCAAACCUAAUUUUUCAGGCUCUAACAUUUCAAGCUUGCAUUCCAGUAUUCUACCUCUGGGGUGGUGUUUGCUUUAUGAGCCAACAACUAAACUUGAUCAAUAAUGCUCUACCACAAUACGUCAUGUUCUGCUGCUUCAUCCUUGUUCCAAUUCUCAAUCCAAUGUCCUCUUUCAUUUUCAUCACACCCUACCGUAAUUUCUUUGUAUCAAGUUUGAAGCGAAAAGUUACAAGUUCAUCUUCGAAAAAAAUUUCAACGAUUCAGAGUAGUGACAAUGCUACUUGA